ACAGGCUUAAAAUAAUGGACAGUGUAUAGCAGGGAAAUAAUGUCUAUGAUAAUUUUAAAAUGAUAUAAUGAAUUAUUUUACAGUGGUAAACCAGUCUAUGGAGCACAACACCCUCCUAUGCACCAACCUCUAAGCAAUGCUGCUAAGAAAGAUGACAAGUCAAAAACAGCAAGGACAGGGGACUCAUUUCAAGACUUUGAGAACAAGACAAUGGAUGCCUGGGAUGAUGGAGAUGAUGACUUGAUGAUCGAUAUGGCAAACAUAAAAAUGUCCAUGAAGGAUAUUCAGUCUACAGCCAAGGCUGUGAUAGAUCAUGAUAGACAGACAAGAAAUGCUAAUAUACAUUAUAAUGGUCCCAAUCUUGGACCAGGUCAUCACAAGGCAGCUCCUGGUAUGGGUAUUAGAAUAAACAACUCCUUUCAGCCCCCAAAACCCAGUCCCAUACGAUACACACAAGAUACAAUAGUUGACAAAGAAGUAACUAAAUUGGAGAAAAUCAAAACAAUGUUAGCUGGUCCUAACACCAAUAUGGUUGAGCUUCAAAAACUGAGUUGGUCAGGUAUACCAAAAGCUGUGCGACCCACUUGUUGGAAAAUAUUAUCUGGGUAUUUACCGACAAAUUUUGAUCGUCGGGACCAGAUGUUAGAGAGAAAGAGGCAGGAAUAUUUUAGCCUUAUUGAUCAAUAUUAUGAUUCUAGACAUGAUGAAAUGCAUCAAGACACCUUUAGACAGAUACAUAUAGACAUACCUCGUAUGAAUCCAUUAAUACCAAUAUUUCAACAGUUAUUAGUUCAAGAAAUAUUUGAGCGAAUAUUAUAUAUAUGGGCAAUACGACAUCCGGCCAGCGGAUAUGUACAGGGCAUCAAUGAUCUAGUUACUCCUUUCUUUGUUGUAUUUCUUUCCGAGUUUAUUGAAAAUGAUAUAGAAGUAGAAAAUAUAAAUCUUACAGAAUUACCGGAGGAGACAUUAAACGUUAUAGAAGCAGAUACGUUCUGGUGUACAUCGAAACUUCUAGACGGUAUUCAGGAUAAUUACACAUUCGCUCAACCAGGCAUACAAACUAAAGUAAAUGCUCUCAGGGAACUUGUGAAGAGAAUUGAUGCCCAGUUACAUGCCCAUUUAGAGGAGGAGAGUGUGGAGUACCUACAAUUUGCAUUUAGAUGGAUGAACAAUUUGUUAAUGAGGGAAAUUCCUCUUAGAUGUAGUGUCAGACUCUGGGAUACCUACUUGUGUGAACAUAAUGGGUUUGCAGACUUUCAUCUUUAUGUGUGUGCUGCCUUCCUGACAAGGUUUUCCAAAGAUUUGUUACGAGAAAAAGACUUCCAGGGUAUACUAAUGUUCCUACAGAAUUUGCCAACACAUCACUGGCAUGACAAUGAAAUAAGUGAACUGCUGGCCGAGGCUUUUAAACUUAAGUACAUGUUUGCGGACGCUCCAAGUCAUUUAAGUAAAAAGUCCUGAUGAUAGUAUUUAGUGAUUUAUUAGUGAUCUGUUUGAAAAUACGGCAUAGAAAAGUGUGUGAGUUGUUGUUGGUAUCAACUGAAAAUGAAAGAUUUUGAUUGGCUGAUAUCGAGAUGACAGAUAUCUUAUUAAAGAUUUACUGCAAAACGAAAAUACACAGAGCUUCAUACUUCCAGAAUCGAAAAAAUGAAUUGGUGAAAUUGUUCAUUAUCUUAUUUUUUUGUACAUGUAUGUCAAAUUGUUCUGUUCAUCAUUAAUGAAGAGACAUUAUGCAAAUUCUUGUAUUUAACCUUUAACCUGCUGGAACUGAAAGUAAUAAGCUUUUGCCA